GGCGGGGCUGCUGACGUAACGACCCGGCUGCGUCCAACGAGAUUCCGCGUGCAAACAAAGACGAAUCAAAACAGUGCAGAGCUGACGUGACCGCGACGGACAGCAAGGACAGAGAGACUCCGAAGACUCUCUGGCAGGAGGAGGCGAGCUGAAGGAUGAGCUUACAUCACAGAUGGCUAAGUGAACUGCACACAUUAUGGAGGUGGAAGAGGAGGAUGGAGGUUUCUCUCUGCCCAGCCGCUGGCUUUCACUGCAGGACCAUCAGCUCUAUCCCCUCAGAUCCAGACCCAAUAGAAAUCCACAAGAAGAAGCUAUUCCUGUGGUUCAGCCACCUUCCCAAGGAGGAGAAACAGUUUGGAGGGUACUUUAGCCCUGAGACCAUGCACGUGGAUCCACUAAUCCUGGAAAGAAAGGAUGAGGAGAGGGCAGGACCGCUCAUCUCGCCUUUCAAAACUCGGAGCCCUUCUAGGCGUUCACUGACUGUGGAGCAGCUGCUUGAUCCUGGUGAUACCUGGAGUGAGGGUCGGGGGCUCAACGUGAUGCUGUACGGGGCUGUGGGAACUGGGAAGAGUACCGUGGUCCGAAAACUGGUCCUGGACUGGUGUACUGGAUCCACAUUGGCCCACUUCAAGCUUCUGCUUCCUUUCUCUUGUGAGGACCUCAGCCAGCUGUCAAAGGUGGCUUCCUUAAGGGACCUAGUGAGCAGGAAGUAUCUCCAUCUGAAAAAACAUCCAUUACUUAGUGGGGAGGGAGACCAAGCCAAAGAUGUGCUCUUCCUCUUUAAUGGAAUGGAGAAGAUGCAGCUAGACUUCCGGAUUGGAUCCACAGAGCUUUGCAGUGAUCCUAAUGAGGCGCUACCUCCAGCUGUAGUUGUGGUCAACCUGUUGAGGAAGUAUAUGCUGCCUGAGGCCAGCAUCUUGGUUACCACCAGACUUUCUGCUCUGGACCGUACCCCUCAGAAGUAUGUGAGUCGCUAUGCACAGAUCUGUGGCUUCAAUGACCCCGAGCGGCAGCGUGCAUACUUUACCAGCCGCCUCCUGCAGCCAAGAGGAGAGACUCCACCCAGCCGAGAGGCACAGGUUCUCAUAGAGCUGCUCUACCUCAACCUCCAGAGAGAAAGCCAGCUGGCUGCUGCCUGCUUCCUCCCCUCAUACUGCUGGCUCACAUGUGCAACUCUACACUUCCUCCAUUUCACCAGUGCUCAGUCUCCCAUUCGCACGCUGACAGGCAUUUACACCAGUUUCCUCAGGCUUAACUUUGGGGGGGAGGUUUUGGGCACCGGAGCGGGAACGAGUGUUCCCAUUCAGGAGCACCAAAGUUCACUGAUGUUGUAUGUUGUCCGCACAGUUGGUAAACUUGCGUUUGAUGGCGUGACGCACAAACGAACGUCUUUCUCAGAAAAGGAACUAGAGCAGUGGAUAGGUGGGGAGACCAAGACGGAUGAGGAGCUACGUCAGUUAGCCAUGUUCCAGACUGAUGUGCUGGACUUUUUCUUGGCUCCUUGUGUAGAAAGUAGGAAGUAUUCAUCAAAGCAACUUGAUGGGAAUGAUGAAAGGCGGUUUGUGUUUGCUGUCCCAGCAAUGCAGGAGUACCUAGCAGCUCUUUAUGUAGUUUUAGGAGAAAACAAAUCAGCUCUAGAAAAAAUAACUACGCAGGUGUCCAUAGCCAUUGGUCAGGUAGGCGAGGAUGUAAGCGCCAUCAUGAACAUCCUCUCUAAGUUCAUCCCCCUCCGACUCUUUGCCGUAUUUAACCUCCUUAAGCUUUUUCCAAAGCUUUAUGCAGCAAUAAUCAGCCACACCAGAGGCAAAAUUGGCAAGACUAUGGCGGCUGAGAUGUUCCGUACCGAGGACAGCUAUAAUGAGGACAUCCUGGAUCAAGUGGAACAAAGCCUUCUGGGUGUCCAUGGCCCACUUCCCCAGAACUAUGGUGAAGAAAAGCCUUUUGAGCUUUACCCCAUUUUCAUGGGUGGGUUGUUGCAUUACGGUAACCGAGUCCUCCUCCAGCAACUCGGCUGCAGCAUUCAGAGCUCCACCGUGGCCCAGAUCACACAAGCUCUUAAGAAGCACCUUGUCAGAGAGCUCAGCAAGCCGCUGCCACCAGAGGAGCUGAUGGAUCUGCUGGUCCUUCUGUAUGAGUUUCAGAACCCCCGACUGACCGCUGAGGUUCUGUCCUCAAUCAGAAGCAUCCGCCUCACCGACAUUCGCAUGACGUCACUGAAAUGCUUCAUACUAAGCUCUGUACUUUCAUGCACCUCUGCAAGAUAUCACCUAAAAGAACUGAACCUGUCCUCCUGUCACCUGACUCAUGACCUGCUCCAGAUGCUUUGGCCUGCCUUCAGACACACACACGUCCUCAACCUACAGUUUAACAGCCUGGGUCCUGAUUCCUGCGUCCUGUUGAGAGACUUGCUGCUUGACCCUAAGAGUUCAAUUAGUUCUCUACAGCUGUGCGACAACCCGCUGCUGGAUUCUGGAUGUGGUAUCCUGCUGGAGGCCCUGCCAGGGAACCAGUCCCUGACACAUCUCUCCCUGAUGCACACUGGGUUGGGGGACAGAGGGGCUAUGGAGCUAGCUGAGAAGCUCCAGCCGCAUACAGGUCUCCAGGAGCUGAACGUGGCCUACAACAACAUUGGAGAUGAUGCAGCUCUGACUUUGGUUGAUGCAUGCAGGGAGCAUCCCAGCAUUCACACUGUGCACUUGUAUCUGAACCCUCUCAGUGAUGUGGGGAAGCAGUCUUUGUACGUCCAGGGUGUUCCCAGACGUGGCGGCAGUAGCCGGCGGGUCAAGGUCUUGGCUUCUGUCACUGAAGGCUCUGACAUCUCAGAGAACUGGCACCCGAUCCUCAGCGUGAUUCGAGAGAACGCCUCAUCCUGGGACCGCAACCGUGUCAAGCAGCAGCUGGAGGUUUUUCUCCGGGAUCUGGAGUGGGGGCGUCAGCAGCAACCGAGCUUCUGGAAGAGGCUGCACUUCCGGAGGGUUCAGAAAGGAGUCCAGCAGACCCUACAGAUGUUAGAGAAAGACAGUUUAUCUCCGUCCAAAGGGCAGAGCAAGUAACCUGAAAUCACAAGAGAUAAAAAAAGGGGGGGGAUAGCAGCAAUUAUAAUUUUAAUCAGACUUUGUCUACACAAGUGCUUCCAGCAUGGAUCAGAGGUCCUGGAGAUGCUCCAUGACUGUUAAUGGUACCCCGUUGUUUAUACUGGGAUUAUUUUAAAACUGUUCCUGACAUUGUUUCCCAGUCCAGACUGGAGAACAAAUAUUCUCUAACCAAAUAUUAAAGGAAAUUGGGCUGUAAUGUAA